AAGGGUUUCUCCCACGGGCCUCUCUGCAAACCAGGACCGCACUGCGUUAAGCACACCAAGAAAAAGGCAAAGGUUUCAUAUUUAAGGACAAUAUAUAUGUUAAUAUUAAGUAAAUAGUGGUUUGCAUUAUCUUGUGCAAUAUGCCUAAGGAACAGUAUCGAGAGGCUGAUGUGGCGAGAAAAAUCUCCCAUGUCAGUUUUGGAAUAGAAAGCGCCGAGAGCAUGCAACAGCAAUCGCACAUUCAUGUUGUUGCAAAAAAUUUAUAUAAUCAGGACAUUCAGAGAACUCCAAUACCGUAUGGAGUUCUAGACAAAAGAUUGGGAACAAAUUCAAAAGAAUCUCCUUGUCAAACUUGCGGCAAAAACAUUAACGAAUGUGUUGGACACUUUGGCUACAUCGACUUAGAACUGCCGGUCUUCCAUGUUGGUUAUUUUAGAAGUAUAAUAAGCAUCCUCCAAACCAUCUGUAAGAAAUGUGGUCAUGUUUUACUAGAAGAAGAAGACAAACAUCUCUUUAGAAUCCGUUUAUCAAAUCCCAAUCUGAGCUACAUGACGAAGAAGGCGAUUAGAAAGAAAAUUGUCGAUAAGUGCAAGAAACUCACUAAAUGCCCUUAUUGUAAAGAAGUCAACGGUUUUGUAAAGAAAAUGACGUCGGCAAAGGGAGGUGGUGGAAAUUCUGUUUUAAAAAUAGUCCAUGAAAAAAACAGAGGGAAAGAUAAAGAAGCUUUGCUGGAGGAGCAAAAACAUGAGUUUAAUGAGGCUAUUGAAAGCAACCCAGACAUACAGUCGGCCUUAUCGGGUAAUACAGUGUCUCAGAUUCUGACUCCUAUUGAUGUGUUGAAGUUGUUUGAGAGAAUUCCAGAGAACGAUAUACCCCUUCUCGCCAUGGAUCCAAAAAGGUCACAGCCCAAGGAUUUAAUUUUUACCAGGAUGCUGGUACCGCCUGUAUCAGUAAGGCCAUCUGUGGUGUCCGAUCUAAAAGCUGGAACCAAUGAAGAUGACUUAACAAUGAAGCAGUCGGAAAUCAUUUUUAUAAAUGACGUCAUAAAAAAGCAUAAGCAGUCCGGGGCAUCUGUUAACAUGUACCAAGAGGGCUGGGAUUUCCUCCAGUUACAAACUGCACUUUAUAUUAAUAGUGAACUGUCUGGAGUCCCUCUCGCCAUGAUGCCUAAGAAACCCGGACGGGGUCUGGUACAGCGUUUAAAAGGAAAACAGGGAAGGUUCCGAGGAAACUUGUCUGGAAAACGUGUCGAUUUCUCGUCUCGUACAGUGAUAUCUCCAGACCCAAACUUAGAAAUCGACCAAGUUGGGGUACCUAUGCACAUCGCCAAGAUUUUAACUUUUCCAGAGAGAGUUAUCCAGGCAAAUAUUCAGAUCAUGAAGAAACUCAUCAUUAACGGACCCGAGAAUUGGCCCGGGGCGAAUUAUGUUCAGCAGAAAGGUUCCGCAUUUAAAAAAUUCCUCAAAUAUGGGAAUCGUGAAAAGCUGGCCCAGGAACUGAAGUUGGGCGAUAUCGUUGAGAGACACUUACACGACAACGAUGUAGUUCUGUUUAAUCGACAGCCUAGCCUUCACAAGUUGUCCAUUAUGGCGCACAGAGCGAAAAUCCACCAGCACAGAACAUUCCGAUUCAACGAGUGUGUCUGUAAUCCGUACAACGCCGAUUUCGACGGAGACGAGAUGAAUCUACAUCUACCGCAAACGGAGGAAGCCAAGGCGGAAGCCUUGAUACUGAUGGGGAACAAAAGCAACUUAGUGACUCCUAGAAACGGCGAACUGCUGAUAGCCGCGACUCAAGAUUUCUUGACGGGUGGAUACCUGUUGUCUAAGAAAGACACGUUUAUGGAUUUCACACAUGCGUCUCAACUCGCCGCUACGCUUCUGGCAGGUAACGAUGCCCAUAUGAAUAUAGAUUUACCUCCCCCAUGCAUAAUAAAGCCCAAACGUUUAUGGUCGGGUAAGCAAAUAUGCAGCCUGAUUUUCCGUCCCAACAGCAAAUGUCCUGUUAAGGCAAAUUUAGAGGCGAAAGGCAAAGCUUACACGAAAAACAGAGAGUUGUGCGUCAAAGAUUCCUAUGUCUUGAUCAGGAAUUCCGAAUUGUUGGCCGGUACGCUCGACAAGGGCCAUUUGGGAAGCGGCGGAAAGGGCGGCAACAUAUUUUAUGUGAUAUUGAGGGAUUUCGGACAGGAGUUCGCUAUUAAAUCUAUGUGGAGGCUGGCAAGGUUAACCUCGAAUUAUUUGAUGAACACCGGUUUUUCCAUUGGAAUCGGGGACGUAACACCUGGCGAAAAUCUUAUACGAAGAAAAAACAAAUUAUUAUCCGAAGGGUACGCUAAGUGUCAGGAAUACAUCAAGCAGAUGGCGGAGGGUAAAUUACAGACUCAGCCCGGUUGCACAGUUGAGGAGUCUCUGGAGGCUGUCAUUUUGAAGGAAUUAUCCGUUAUCAGGGAGCACGCCGGUCAAGCCUGCGUCGCGGAACUGCACCCUACCAACAGCCCUCUGAUCAUGGCCCUAUCUGGCUCAAAAGGUUCCUUCAUCAACAUCUCCCAGAUGAUAGCGUGCGUAGGACAGCAGGCCUUGAAUGGUAAAAGAGUACCGGAUGGGUUCGACGAUAGAUCUUUGCCCCACUUCAAACACCACUCAAAGACGCCAGAAGCGAAAGGUUUCGUAGAAAACAGUUUCUACACCGGGCUAACCCCAACGGAAUUCUUUUUCCACACUAUGGGAGGCAGAGAGGGCUUGGUAGACACGGCGGUGAAAACCGCUGAGACCGGGUACAUGCAGAGGAGAUUAGUAAAGUCGCUGGAGGACUUGGUGGUUCAUUACGACGGGUCAGUGAGAAACGCGGAAGGCGAUAUAGUCCAAAUUAAUUAUGGAUGCGACAGUUUGGACCCGACUUACAUGGAAGGUAAAGACUGUCCGGUAGAUUUCGACAGGGUCCUGGAGCACGUACGCGCUAAAUGUCCGUAUCGGGGAGAAAUUUCCUUGGACGGAGACCAAAUCAGGAGGGCGACGCAGGCCUUCCUAGCAACGAACGCUCUCGACGAAUGUAGCGAAGCUUUCAAAAAAGAGAUAAAGGACUACAUGUAUUCCUUAGCGGACAGGGUGGAGAGGGUCCUGAACAGGUUCGGAAGCAGCAGCGUGGUGAAGGAAAUAGAACGUCUCACUUGCAGCCAGCUGGUGACUUUCCUCGAAACGUGCGGCCAGAAGUAUACGAGAUCCAUCAUCGAGCCGGGUACGGCAGUUGGAGCGCUAGCGGCUCAGAGUAUCGGAGAGCCCGGCACGCAGAUGACCUUGAAAACUUUCCAUUUUGCCGGAGUCGCGAGUAUGAACAUCACGCAGGGAGUGCCCAGGAUCAAAGAAAUCAUCAAUGCCAGCAAGUCGAUCAGUACACCCAUCAUUAGGGCAAGUUUGACGAAUUCAGAAGAUCCGUGGUUUGCUCGACAAGUGAAGGGGAGGAUUGAGAGAACGACUUUAGGGGAGAUUUCCACUUUUAUCGACGACGUGUACACCAAAAACGAAGCUUUCCUCCUCAUCCAGCUAAACUUUGAGAGGAUCAAGUUACUUAAACUUGAAGUCAACGCGGAAACCAUACGCUACAGUAUCUGCACCUCAAGGCUUAAGUUAAAACCUGGCGAUGUCAGAGUGGAAAGCGACACGAUCAUAACCGUCCAUCCGAAUAGAAGCAAACACUCGAGGAGGCUGAAUUUUGCCCUGAGCGAACUAAAGGACCAAAUCCCGAACGUCGUUGUGAAGGGGUUACCGACCGUAAACAGGGCUGUGAUAGCUAGAGAGGACAAAGGCGGGAAAGCUAUAUACAGCCUUUGCGUCGAAGGAGACAAUUUAAGGGAAGUUAUGGCUACGUACGGAAUCGACGGGAGAAAAACUGUUUCAAAUAAUAUCAUAGAGGUGUACCAUACUUUAGGAAUCGAAGCUGCUAGGGAAACGAUUAUGUCAGAAAUCAAAAUGGUCAUGGAAAAUCACGGCAUGAGUGUGGAUUACCGGCAUAUCAUGUUACUAGCAGCGCAGAUGACGCACACAGGCGAAGUUCUAGGCAUCACGCGGCAGGGACUCUCCAAGAUGAAGCAGUCCGUGCUAAAUUUGGCCUCGUUUGAGAAAACUGCGGAUCACCUAUUCGACGCUGCGUAUUACGGCCAGACGGACAAGAUUAGCGGCGUUUCGGAGAAUAUUAUUAUGGGUAUGGCGGCUCCUAUAGGAACAGGUAUAUUCAAGUUACUGCAUAAGCCUCUUAAUGUAGAGGAGCGUCCAAAGCCGGAACCACUUCUCUUCGAAUCAUGCCUUCAAGAAACAGUUUGAAUUUCAGGAUAGUUUAUUUAAAGAUAGCUAAUAUCGACAAAACUGUUAAUACAAAAGUUUAUAUGAUACUUGAAUAAAUAAAUAUAAAAAACAAUCAAAAGUGU